UUCAGGUGCCUGAGGCUUUUGUCUUAGCCGUGACGUUUUGGUUGCAUUUGUUACUAUGCUGUCAAUUAAAUUGCAGGCAAUUUGAACGUAGAGAAGGUAAUUACAGGAAGUUAAAAUGCUGAAAAAAUAACAUGGCAGUGUUUGGUAUACAUGGUAAAAUGCUGAUUAAAAUGCAGAGAAUGUAACAUUACAGUGUUUGGUAAAUUAGCAAUUUACCGGAAAUGUAAUAUAAAUUUUCCAAAUUACCUUUUGUGUAUCAAAACAAGUUUGACACAUUUAAAUUCUAUAAUUUUAUAAUUAAAUAUCAAUUUACAAAAACAAUUAUAUUAUAAUAUUUAAUCUUUAUAAUUAAAUACUAAUUUACAAACGCAACCUUUGCAGUUAUCACAUGAUACAAACAGAUCCAAAUCUAUGGCACUUCCAAAUGCUUCAUGAAAUUGCAAGGCAAGAAGAUGGAAUGAAAUUCCCAAUAACGGAAAACCAUAAAAAUUGCGCUUGGGCAUAAUCAAUUAACAAGCCUUAAUGUUAUGUGCACCGGCAACUUCUUGACAAACGUCACCGAGCAAGUCAUCUGCUGGGAGGACACUCAAGCACCAAAACCACUGCCAAUCACACUGGCAACAAUUUCUACACACUGGGAAGAGAUGUCGGUGACAGAUUCAGCAGUCUCAAAACAGGAUGAUGCUCUAGGGACUGAAUGUAAAAAACAGGUUACCAUUUUGAAACCUUGCUUAGUGAAACAAGACAGUGCUUGCAAGUUGCUUCAUCUGAAAGUUUCUUAUUUCUUGCCUACAAAAUGUGAGGAACGGAAAAGAAAAAGUGACAAGAGUCUAGAGCAGAAUCUCCAGGUUUUUUUUUACUUGUUGAACUCUGCAAAUCAAUGGAUUUCUCUCUACCCAAAAUCUUUAAACAAACAUUUGUUCAAUGUAGCUUGAUUUGCCCCUGAUUUGAUAAUUUGGUAAUUGUCUUUCCCCAUGUGUUUGUUCGAUAUGUCCUUUUCUAUUUCUGCCCUAUCCUCAAUAUUUAACAUGAAUAUGCAUUCACUGAUGCCAUGUGUUCUUCUACGGAUGUUCCUGUCAUGAUCUCUUCCUUUAAAGCUUGUGAACAUUGGCUUUGAAAAUCUCCAAUGUUCCACCAUGAAUUCUUGAUUGUUCUCAAGAUCACUACAAACACCAUAGUUUCUACAUUCCUAACAGCAAACAGGAGCAUGAUAAAAAAUGAAGGAAGCUCACUGAUGAAUGUUGGCAAAUCGUUAGACUUGAGAAAACUGUUAACCUUUAAAAUGCAGGUUGACUCCACUGCUAGAAAAUUUCCAAAUUAAAGCAAAAAACCACAAAUUAAAAUACAGAAUCAAAUUUGCUGCAAGUAUGGGAAUGAUCAAUUGAACAAAUAGAGAGUCCUAGCUACUAGUUGUGAUUCAGAGUGCGGAAAGGAACUUAAGAAGAGUCUCAUUGCACAAAAAAAAAAAAAA